AAGGGUAUUUCGUAUUCUCUUGUUUUAUUAUCUGUGAUGUAAUGUCAGGUGUCAGCGACGUUGUCGACAUACGUCGUACAAGUUGGCAGCACUGUCUCUCGCUACUGCAGCUGGGACUAAGUAAUAACGAUCCUGGCGUUCAAAGCGUAAGCUUCUAGGUUGAUUUGCUACAGUACAUUUGUACUGUAACGACUUGGCGCGGACAAGGACUGCAGGAGGAGACGAAAAUGAUGCAUCAGCAAUCCAUGAUGGUUGGCGAUAUGAUACCCGUCCAUUCUGACAUACCUGUGCAUGUUGAGGAAAUGAAUAAUGUUGGAUACGAGAAUAACGUGUCCUAUGCUUACGAUGAUUUGUUCCCGGCUCUGCCGCACUCCCAGCCCCCAGUGCAGAGGAAUAUACAACAAGCCACCAAUAAACUGAGGGUUGGCUCUUCCCUGCAUACCCAGGUUUUCCAUGUGCCAUAUGAAGAAAGAAAACUAGACAACGCUAACACUUUCGGUGAAGGCGAAUCUUUGCGGACCUGCCAGGCGAUUACCAAGGAGACUGGAGCUCAUAUUGAAAUAUCAACCAGCAAGGAUGGCAGCUUGACGUUUCUUAUUACCGGAAAGCAUAGUGCUGUGCUGGACGCAAGACGCCAAAUUUUAACUCACUUCCAACAACAGGCAAGCAAGCAAAUAGCCAUACCGAAAGAACAUCAUCGUUGGAUAUUGGGCAAGCAAGGGCAAAAAUUGAGGGAUCUGGAAAAAGUGACUGCAACCAAGAUAAGUGUUCCCGGAAUAGCUGAUAAUAGCGAGAUCAUAACUAUAACUGGCACCAAGGAAGGCAUUGAGAAGGCUGAACACGAAAUAAGAGUGUGUUCUGAGGAACAGUCACGUAAGGCACUCGAGCGUAUAACGAUCCCGAAAAUCUACCAUCCAUUCAUCCAAGGUCCAUACGGCGAGCGCGCGGCGGCGCUGGGCGCGGACACCGGCGCGCGCAUACACAUCCCGCCCGCCUCUACGCAGAGCGACGAGAUCGUCAUCGCCGGCGAGAAGAACGGCGUGCUCGCCGCCAAGGCGCAGAUCGAACAGAUCUAUGAGGAAAUGGUAAAAAAAUGCUCUACCGUAAGAGUGGAAGUGCCUAAAUCUCAACACAAAUAUGUGAUCGGUGCGCGUGGUACAACCAUCCAAGAGAUUCUGAAAGAAACCGGAGUUUCAGUAGAGAUGCCCCCGCCCGACUCCGCGACUGGUACCAUUACGCUUCACGGACCCCACAACAAAAUUGGCUUGGCUUUAUCGAAGGUAUGCGAAAAGGCUAAUUCUGUGAGAACCGUAACUGUAGAUGCGCCUACGUGGAUUCAUAAAUAUAUUAUUGGCAAGAAUGGUUCCAACAUUAAAAAGAUCACCCAAGACUUCUCUAAGGUACAUGUCGACAUAACGCAUUCUGAAGAUAAAGUAAAGAUUGAUGGCCCACCAGAGGAAGUGGAACGCGCACAAGUGGAACUCGACAAUUUCGUGAAAAACUUGCUCGCGACCUUGACUUAUGUCGAACUCUCUGUGGACCCCAAAUUUUAUAAACAUAUUAUUGGCAAGAACGGGACUAACAUUAACAGACUGAAGGAUGAGACUGGUGUCGUCAUUAAUAUUAUAGAAAACGAAGGAAAUAAUAUAAUUCGUAUCGAAGGCAGCCAUCAAGGAGUAGCUGAUGCAGAGAGAGAAUUAAGAGAGAUGGUCAUGAAGCUGGAAAACGAAAGAUCAAAAGAAGUGUUUGUGGACCACAGGUAUAUUAAAUCGCUUAUCGGCGUUAGAGGUGAAAAGAUUAAAGAAAUCCGUGAAAAAUUCGAACAUGUUCUUAUAACCCUCCCUGAUCAAGGACAAAAAAGAAGUCCAAUUAAGCUAAGAGGACCGCAGGAGGAUAUCGAAAAGUGUGAAAAGUAUCUGCAUAAGUUAAUAAAAGAAAUAGCCGAGUCGUCAUACGUCCAGGAAGUGACGAUCUUCAAACAAUUUCACAAGUUCAUCAUUGGCAAAGGAGGUGCUAACUUGCGCAAAAUACGCGACGAGACACAGACAGUGAUCGAUCUUCCCGCCGAGGGCGACGACAGUGACGGCAUCACUGUGCGCGGCAAGCGUGAGAAUGUCGAGGAGGCGGUGCGUAGGAUACAACAAAUACACAACGAAAAAGCAAACAUUGUCACUGAAGAAGUAACUAUUUCACCCAAGUACUACAAUUCCCUUAUUGGUGCGGGAGGCAAACUAAUUCAUUCGAUAAUGGAAGAUUGCGGAGGAGUUCUUAUUAAAUUCCCACCUGCUGAAAGUGACAGCGACAAAGUGAUGAUUAAGGGUCCAAUUGAAGACGUCGAGAAAGCUAAACAACAGUUGCUGGCACACGCGUCCGAGCGAGAACUCACCUCGCACACUGCUACUGUCCGUGCCAAACCAGAGCAUCAUAAAUUCCUAAUUGGAAAGAAUGGCGCCAAUAUUAAAAAGAUCCGAGAACAGACAGGUGCUCGUAUUAUCUUCCCUACUGAAAAGGAUGAAGACAAGGAGUCUAUCUUCAUCAUAGGUCGCGAAGAACAAGUGGAAGCAGCUCGAAAGCAACUAGAAACUGCAGUGGCUGAGAUUAGCAAUGUGUCCGAGGGAGAAAUGUCCGUAGCGCCCAAACACCAUAGACAUUUCGUGGCGCGGCGCGGCGAAGUACUACGACGCAUCGCCGACGACUGCGGCGGAGUGCAGAUAUCCUUCCCGAGACAAGGCGUCAACAGCGACCGUGUUGUACUCAAAGGGCCAAAGGAAUGCAUUGAAGCUGCUAAGGCUCGUAUCAACGAGAUCAUUGAAGACUUGGAAGCUAAGGUGACAAUCGAAUGCGUAAUUCCUCAAAGACACCAUCGCACUGUGAUGGGUGCCCGAGGAGCUAAAGUCAAGGAUAUUACGGCGGAAUUCGACGUUCAAAUCAAGUUCCCUGAGCGUGACACGACUGAAGGCGCGGAUGUACCUGUCAAAGAGCAUGAUGAAAAUGCGGAACCUGGAGUAAACGAUAUCAUUAGAAUUACAGGUCGUCCAGAAAACUGCGAAGCUGCUAAAAAAGCUUUGCUUGAUCAGGUGCCCAUUUCAAUCGAAGUAGAAGUGCCAAAUGAACUCCAUCGUCUUCUUGCUGGUCAAAAGAGGAGAGAACUGAUGCAAACAUAUGAUGUUCAUAUACUACUUCCCCCUGCUGAAGACAACAGUGACUUAGUAAAGGUGACGGGAACACCAGCCAAUGUAGAGAAAGCCAGGAUAGCUCUUUCUGAAAAAAUUGGAGACAUGGAAAAAGAAAAGGAAGACAGAAUUCUCAGGUCAUUCGAACUGAAAUUCAAAGUUGAUCCCGAAUACCACCCCUCUGUUAUAGGCAAAGGUGGCUCUGUCAUUACCAAGAUUCGUACAGAUUAUGGAGUACAAAUUAACCUGCCCAAACGUGGCGAACCUGAUGAUGAUACCAUAACCAUUCAGGGAUAUGAAGACAAAGCAUUGCAAGCAAAGGAUGCUAUUAUGGCAAUCGUGCGCCAAUUGGAUAACCAAUACCGAGAGGAAGUGGACAUCGACCCACGGGUUCACAGACGACUUAUAGGACUCAGAGGAAAAAAUAUAAGACGCAUCAUGGACGACUAUAAAGUUGAUAUUCGCUUCCCGAAAAAUAAUGAAGAUAGCAUUGUGAUCAUAACAGGGGACGAAGAUAACGUUCUGGACGCUAAGGACCACCUGCUUAAUUUGGCAGAAGAAUAUCUUCAAGACGUCGCAGACCGCUACCAGCCGCCUGCAGGACCGUCGUUGGGCGAUUUCGGCAGUGUGCUGGGCGGUGACAGUGGCGGCAGCGCGGCGGGCGCGAGUGCGGCCGCGGCGGGCUUCGUGGUGAAGGGCGGGCCCUGGGAGCAGCGCGCUCCCGACACCGCGUCUACGCAUGAGUUCCCCACCAUGCCAGGCGCCUCGCAGCCGCAGGCCUCUCCUGCUCCUUGGGGCCCUCGCCGUUAAUCACUUGAAGCCUUUCUCUCGUCUGUGCAGGCGACUGCCCAUAUCCCCGCCUAUCCCCCGUCGCCCCGCCGAACUAACGUGAGCAUGUUUGCUACGUUAGGACUGUUUCAUUACGCAUUCCACAUUAUUCUUGUCUCGAAACUUAAGCCAGUGUGGAUCGCUAACGGAUAUGUGAAAAUAUCUCUGCCUGUAUUAUAUUGACGUUCCAUCAGCUGCAGUUUUGCAUAAUAUAAUCAAUUAGACUGAUUCCUAACACUAUAUGGAAGUAACCAAGCCAUGUUGUUACUACUUUUUAUGAUUUCUAAUUCUGUGAAUUCCAUUGCCUAUUAUUUCAACUUUGUGUUUAUGUGUAGGACUAUAUAAGCAAUUUGUGCAUUCAUAGCGAAUGCAUUAAAAAGUCUUUUGAUUCUUUGUACUUAUCAAGUAUUGAUA